UUACAUUUACAUUUGGAACCUUAUACAAACACACUUUCCUACAUAGUUUAUUCCAGUAUUGUGACAUAUUUCCAGCUGACAGUGUUAAAAGAGGGCUGGGCUUUAUUUCAGUUCCUCUCCACCAUUUCUCACUCACAGCAAACUAAUGGUUGAAGAAACAGGAGGUAAAGAUAUUCUGCUCUAGCUGUCAAACUGACAUCAUCAGGAAAGAAACGCCAUUCCAGAACAGAAGUACAUUUUAGUUAAAGAUUACCGAGUACGUAUUUACAAAGUAGCGGACUUCCUGGGCGUUAAACGUUAUUUGUCAGACAGCACUGUUGCAUCUACAGCAUCACACGCUCGCCACAGUUUUUAAUGAGGCUCACCGAAAGACACCUUUGAGUCAGAGAUGGAGAAACUAGAGACAUCAGAGCUUCAGUCAAGACUGUCAUCCCUGUCUGUCUCUUCUUUCCCCGGGAUAACGUCCAAAAACUGCGAAGCAAACCCUUUAAACAGACUUCAAAGCACCGACCUUUCCCAGACAGUGAUCCCGCCGGACAACCAAACCAAAAUGGACAAUAACAGCAAUAACCAAGAGUCUCCACAAUCUACAGAGGAGCCCAGCUCUUCUCUAGGGAAAGCAGAGGCGGGUGAAUCACAGGAGAGCAGCUCUUCACACCCUGCGGAGAAAAAAGCUCUUCCUCCGAUGAAGCCUGCAUCCACGUGGACCUCAGUGGCUCUAAAAGAUCUGAAGACUAAGCUGCGUCAGGAGAAGGACAGUGUGGUUACGGUGUAUCGUGGAGACAUUAUGACCGUCAGUGUGCCUACUGUCCCUGAAGCCAAGCGCGUGUGCUGGGAGUUCGCCACGGACGGAUACGACAUCGGUUUCGGCGUUUACUUCGACUGGUCGCCAGUUACUAGCCGAGCCAUUACUGUCCACAUUAGUGAAUCAAGCGACGAUGAGGAUGAAGAUGAUGAGCUAGAAGGCCCUGUGGUUCCUGGAGAUGUUGAGAAGGGCUCCAAAUCAACUGCCAACACAAACUUGGGCGAGAUCCUGCCUGUGUACCGUCAGGACAGUCAUCUAGCGGUGCAGGGCGGCAGUCACGAUUUCCCCGGAGAGGGAACAUACCUGCUGAAGUUUGACAACUCGUACUCGCUGUGGAGGAAUAAGACUCUGUACUACAGGGUUUACUACAGUGCCUGAGGAAGUUGCUGUUUUUCAUCAUAUGUAUGUAUUACUGUAUAAUUCUUGCUAUUGUUGAUUUGUGCUUUUCGUUUUAUCUCCAAGCCCUGUCAUAGAUCAAAAAAAUCACUUUUACAAAUAUAUAAAUAUAUAUAAAUUAUGCUUUUUUACGUGAAUGGGAUCAUGAGGCUCAUGAUACAGUACGUGCAAUGUGUUUUGUGUGGCUUUAAAAGGUUUUCUGUACGUGCAAGAUGAUAUAUUUCAUAUAAAAGGUCCAUAUAUGUUUUAUAAUCUUAUUGUCUGUCACCCCAACGGAGCUGUGGCAUCGUAUAUCAGGGACUACAGAAAAAUCAGGGAAAGUAUAUUGGUGGCGAACCGGUCAAACACUUUUCAGUUCCACACAAUUCAAAGCGAACAAGGAAAAUGAGAAAGUCAAGGCAGGUGACUUGACAAAAGAUCGUUGAUUCAGGUAAUGAUGAGUGUGAUUUUUUGUGCCCGCUUUUUUGUUGUCUUAUGUAAUGUUUACGCUGAACAGCGCAUGAGUUCUGCUAUUGCCAUAAAACGCUGGAAGCCACAGCUAGUUAAAGGGACAGUUCUAAUUUACUCACCCUUUUGUGGUUUGAGUUUGUUGAAUGCAAAAGAAGAUAUUUUGAAGAAUGUUGGAAACUGGUAGACAUUGAGCUACAGAGAAAGCAAAUAAAAACACAAUGUGAAUAGCUAUUGGUUCCCAACAUUCUUCAAAAUAUCUUGGUUCAGGGUUAGUUCACACAAAAAUGAAUAUUCUGUUAUUAAUUACUCACCUUCAUGUUGAUCCAAACCCCUGAGAGCUUUCUUUAUCUUCUGAAUACAAGAUAAAGAUAACUUAGAUGAAAAUGGAGAGCUCCCUCCAUAAUAUAGCAUCAGUCCUGACUCAUUCAAAGUCCCGAAAAAUACCAAAAAACAUCCUCAUGUGUCUUCAGUAGUCCAAUCAGAAUAUUAUCAAGCUUCAAGAAUACUUUUUUGUGCGCACAAAAGAUAUUCAAACAAAAUUGAUUCAACAGUCUAUUAUCUUGAGUGACGUGGUGGCGCAGUGGGUAGCGCUGUCGCCUCACAGCAAAAAGGACGCUGGUUUGAGCCUCGGCUGUGUCAGUUGGCAUUUCUGUGUGGAGUUUGUAUGUUCUCCCCGUGUUCCCAUAAUUUUCCUCUGGGUGCUCUGAUUUCCCCCACAGUCCAAAGACAUGUGGUAUAAGUGAAUUGGGUAAGCUGAAAUUGUCCAUAGUGUUUGUGUGUGAACGAGUGUGUAUGGAUGUAUCCCAGUGAUGGAUUGAUAAGUGAUAAGUUGGCCGUUUAUCUGGCGACUCCAGAUUAAUAAAGGGACUAAGCCGAAAACAAAAAGAAUGAAUGAGUUUAUUCUCCUCAGUGUCAGUAUAUUGCGCACGUGUACUGAAGCAUACCCCAGUUGAACGGGUACGACUUCCUCUGUUUGAAACCAAGCACAGGUGCAUGUGAGGUAAUACAACAGUAGCAUAACCAAGAGCUGCAUGUGAAUGUGCACACUAUACUGACACUAGGCAUGGGACGAUAACCGUUUUCAAGGUAUAUCGUGGUUUGGAAAAAUCAAGGUUUUAAAACCGUCAAAAUUUUCUGCGAUACCAUUCCUAAGGUAUGUGUACAAUUUUUUUAUUUACGUUUUUUUUUUUUUUUUUUUUUUUUUUCUUUUUUUAGGACAACAGUAUCUCCAGCAGAAAAGAUAUUCAAAGAUGCCAUUUUAAAUUGUAAGAAAAUGGAGUUUUGAAACAAAUGAAGACAGCAGAAGUCAAUAAUUCAGUUAACCUGACAUGUUUACUGUUCCAAAAUAUUUAAAAUGUUUCUAUGUUUAAAAUAUACUAUGUUCAAAACGGAAAAAAGUUUUUGUUUUUAUCCAGACAUUUAAAAAAACAAUUUAUUUUAGAGCAGUAAUCACAACACCGCGAAACCGUGAUAUUUUUAUUCAAGGUUAUCAUACCGUCAGAAUUUUAUACCGGCCCAUGCCUAAUUGACACUGAGGGGAAAAAAUGUUGAAUAACGUAAAUAUUUUUGUUUUAUGUGCGCACAAAAGUAUUUUGUAGCUUAAUAAUGUUCUGUUUGAAACACUGAAGGUGUAUUGUCUGAUCAGAGGUUGUUUUUUGGUAUUUUUAUGGACUUUCUAUAAGUCUGGAACCGUGCUGUGUAUAAAGGAACUCUCAGAUUUAAUCCAAAAUAUCAUUAUUUGUGUUCCAAAGACAAACAAAGGUCCCAGGAAUUUGUAACUUGUACAUUUUUGUGUGAACUAACCCUUUAAACUCAACCCGGUUUGGAACAUGUAUACAGUAGAAUGAAUAAAUGACAGAAUUUUCAUUGGUGUGUGAACUGUCCUUGACCAGUCACCAGGAAUACUACUGGCGGAAACGGUCGAAGUCUGCUUGUUUACAUCCUGAAGCCAUUUCCUGCCACAAAAGCUGAUUUGUUGCAUAACUGAUCCAAUAUCUCCAUGUCCAAGGCUCUCAUUUUGGCACUAUUAAGGGCUGUUUGGCAUCAGUUUGGUCUCUGAGGUCUGAACUGACGCGAUGCAGAUGCCCUGUCGAAAAGGUUUUUAUUUACAUCGAUGCCUCUUUACCAAGGUGACUUGCAAAAACUACUUAGGUUUACAUGUUUGUUCAUUGGAAGGAUUUCCUCGCUUCUAUCAUGUGCAAUAUGACACACACAUAAGUGCUGCCAGCAGGUAUAGUAUUUAGUUUUCUUUAAAAUAUCGAUUUACCAAACGACGCUGCAAUUUCUUUGUGUACCUUCAAUUAUUAGCAUGUCUUAAGACUGUUGCAUCGUGCUGCUGAGGUACUUUAUUCUGCCAAUGUGCUUUUCUGCUCGUCCUUCUGCGUUUCUUUACUUGUAUGAUAUGAAUAAAAUGUGUGUUUGUCAUUCUUGUCGUUAGAUUUUUUUUUGUUUGUUCACAAUAAACGUCGAUUAAUUCAGUG